AUGCAGACGCAAGCCCAGUCGGUGUACACCUCAGACCCUGAACACAGACUGAUAUGUGUUUACUCGUUAAUUGAUGAUGUUCGAAAGAUCUUUGUCAUCUCCACGAAGAUUUUCUUCGACAUCGACCAAGCAGCGGUAAUACCAUGGACUCAGUGGGGCCCUGGACAUGAAUCGGGUUUUGCUGGUGGACAAGAUAACGUCAAAGAUGUACAAGUUGUGUAUGAUGGACUUCAGCCCGCUGGCCGUGGCGAAUAG